GAGUCGGGGGUCGACACUGGAAUCUUGGUUCUCAGAGGGAGUCGAGAGGCCUGGGCUCGAGCUUGAGGCGGUUUGGAAUUGGAAGGUACGAAGCGCCUACUUUGGGGCUGUCUGGAACCGAGGUCGGGGACGCGGAUACCCAGUCAGCGAGCGUCAGGGACUCCGCGGUCCGAAGUGGGCGGGGAAGGGCUUCAUUCUGGGCGCCUGGACCCCGCCCCUUUCCGAGGGCGCUAUCCCGGAUUAGCUGUUCGUCCUUGACGUCUUGGGGCCCCGCCCCGGCGCGCGCCCCGCCGCGUGCCCACCCCCGCGCGGUUGCUGCAUCCUACUCUAGCUCCGCCACAGCUUGUCCACUGAGCGGGUGCCUGAGCCCCAGCGGCGAGGAGCUCGUCGUGGGGCUCCUGGGCCGCGGCGGCGGGCAGGCGAUGCUCCAGAAGCUUAGGCAGCCAUGGAGGCCGAGACGGGCGGCCUGGAGGAGCUGACGGAUGAAGAGAUGGCGGCUCUGGGCAAGGAGGAGCUGGUGCGGCGCCUGCGGCGGGAGGAGGCGGCGCGCCUGGCGGCUCUGGUGCAGCGCGGCCGCCUCAUGCAGGAGGUGAAUCGGCAGCUACAGGGUCACCUGGGCGAGAUCCGCGAGCUCAAGCAGCUCAACCGACGCCUACAGGCCGAGAACCGCGAGCUGCGCGACCUCUGCUGCUUCCUGGACUCGGAGCGUCAGCGCGGGCGUCGCGCCGCGCGCCAGUGGCAGCUCUUCGGGACCCAAGCAUCCCGAGCAGUGCGCGAGGAUCUGGGCGGUUGUUGGCAGAAGCUAGCCGAGCUGGAAGGCCGCCAGGAGGAGCUGCUGCGGGAGAACCUGGCGCUCAAGGAGCUCUGUCUGGCGCUGGGCGAAGAGUGGGGUCCCCGAGGCGGCUCCGGCGGCUCGGGGGGCUCUGGCGCUGGGCCGACACCCGAGCUGGCCUUGCCCCCCUGCGGUCCUCGUGACCUGGGCGAUGGAAGCUCCAGUACCGGCAGCGUGGGCAGCCCCGAUCAGUUGCCCCUGGCCUGCUCCCCAGAUGACUGAGGGCACAGCUUCCCGCCGAUGCCCGCCCGGAUUGCUCCUCAAGCGACGAGACUGCGGUGAACCUGGGGACCCAGACGCCGCCCCGGCCGCGCACGAAGGGCCGAUGGAAUGGACUUAGAAACCCUAACACUGAGGAAGGCCCCUGGCUCUCGCUGGCGGGGCAGUAGGGGGACUGGAGGCUGGAGUGGAGGGACUUACUGGGGGCUGGGUGGAGGCUAAUAAACUGAGGCGGAAGCAGAGCCCAUGGCUCGGGCGCGUCUGUUUGGAACUCGCCGGCGUUGGGACGAGGGCGGGGACCAUUGGGGGUACCAUUCCCAUCUGGAGGGACUGUAGAACUAAGGUGGCUGACUCCCUCAUUACUUCAGUCCUGGGGCGGGAUGUGGGACAGUGGUGAGCCAUUGGCUCCCCCCAUCAGGCCCCAGGACAGGCCGUGAUCCGGCCCCAGAAGUGGCUCCAGCUCCCUUCCCGGCUCCUUCCUGUCCAAGACAAUGGAGCAGGAAGCAGGUGCUGGGGGCCUAAAACCCACUCAGCCGCCUCCCGAGAGGCUGGAAGGGGCCUAACAGCGCCCUCCGGUGGCACAGGCGGGAGCACUGUGGGUCCCCCACCGGGAGGAGGAUAAUCCUCUUGGCUUGGCACCUCACAGCACUUCUCUUCAUCUUCUCAGUCCUGGAGAUGAGGCAGAACAGAUGUAGCCUCAUUUGUCAGAUAAGAAAAUCGAGGUCCAGAAAUAUCAGUUUGUCCAAGGUCAGGUAGUGAGUUGGUGGAGCUGAAAUGGGAGCCUGAGGCUUCUGGUUCCAAAUGGUCUCCCUUUAGCCUCUGGGUCCAAUGAGAGCAGGCUAGAGCUUCAAGCCUUUUAUUCCAUUUUGGCAGGUUUGUAUAAAAAUACUCUCUUUAGGAAAAUAAAUAGCAGCUGCCCACGCUGUGGAGGCUUGGAGCUAAAGUCUUCUCAGAGCUGGGGGCCGCAGGUCAGCUCUGGCACUCUCCUGAGCCGUUCCUUUUAGGAGGCGCUGGCAGAGUGUCCUGGUUCAGUAACCUGGUGCUGCUCGCAGUGCGGCUGGGUGAGUUAGUGUUCUAGGCUGGUAGAGUAUCAUCAUCUGUCAGGGGUAGGGUUGGGUGGAUCACAGGAAGAGGCGAUGAAGACCAUAGGGGUGAUCUGCAGGGGAUUAGGGCUCCAGAGGACCUCUGAGAAUCUACAAAGUCCCUUGGGAGCUGCCCAGAAUUCCCUCCAACAAGUGGGAACUAUUUUGUCUCUGAUU